GAAAUCCGAAUCUGCCACUUGUGGAUCUCUAGAUAUGAUUAUUUGUCGUCCCACUAGAUCGCGGUGCCAAGAUUGUGGGCUCAGUCUGAGGUCCUCCUUCUCUUCCAGGAUUUUAGCCUGAAGCAGAAAUCGGCCCGUUCGAUUCUCGUGCCGAAGUGCUGCUAUUAAGCCUUCGUGUUCUCCCGGCUACUGCAGAAGCUCACUCCAUCCUCCAUCAAUUCCGAGUCUCUCAACUCCUCGCACGACCAGCGCAAUGGCGUCCGCUACUGUCUGUGCCUCCUCCACCUUCGCUGGUCAAGCUCUUGGAGCUUCCAGCAAUGCUCUCGCCGCCAAGGUUAACGUCGGCGAGGCCCGCGUGGUGAUGCGCAAGACCGUGAAGAGCACUCCCACCAGCAUCUGGUACGGCGAGGACCGACCCAAGUACUUGGGCCCAUUCUCCGGUGCCACCCCAUCGUACUUGACCGGUGAGUUCCCCGGUGACUACGGCUGGGACACCGCUGGACUCUCUGCCGACCCCGAGACCUUCGCCAAGAACCGUGAAUUGGAGGUAAUCCACGCGCGAUGGGCCAUGUUGGGAGCUUUGGGAUGCGUCUUCCCCGAGCUUUUGAGCAAGAACGGUGUCUCCUUCGGAGAGGCUGUGUGGUUCAAGGCCGGAUCUCAGAUCUUCGCUGAGGGAGGUUUGGACUACCUCGGCAACUCGAGCCUCGUCCACGCCCAGAGCAUUCUGGCCAUCUGGGCCUGCCAGGUCGUGCUCAUGGGAGCCAUCGAGGGAUACAGAGUGGCAGGAGGACCCCUGGGAGAGGUGAGCGACCCGAUCUACCCCGGAGGUCAAUUCGACCCCCUGAACUUGGCUGAGGACCCAGACACCUUCGCCGAGCUGAAGGUGAAGGAGCUGAAGAACGGAAGACUUGCGAUGUUCUCCAUGUUCGGAUUCUUCGUCCAGGCCAUCGUCACCGGAAAGGGACCCAUCGAGAACUUGUCCGACCACUUGGCUGACCCCGUUGCCAACAACGCCUGGGCCUACGCCACCAACUUCACCCCCGGAAACUAGAGAACUUGUGAAUUUAUACAGAUGGUCGAACUGGUCUCUCCCAGCACGGAUUUGUACAAUGAGGCUUUCCACAGUAGACAUUCUUUGAGUAGAUGAAUUAGUGUACAUUGCGCAACUGUGAGUAGAUGAGCUGUUACUCCGUGAGAGAGAUUAUGUUAACCGCAUACAUCAUGAAAAUACAAUUGAAAGAUUCAAAGAAAAUCGAUCCUUUUGUCACUCCGUGCGUGCUCUAGGCCCAAUCAAAAAUGUGAUAUUUACCAAAAAGUAUGCAUUGCAAGCGACUCAAACGACGAGGAUUGGAAUUUGUUUACUUAACAUGCGCAAUACAUUUCGAAAACGUAGUACAGUGUUUAGAACCGUUUAGAAUUGCCCACAGUGAACAAUGACUGUAUGAAAGAAUGAAUACUAAUCAGAACGUCACAACUGCCAAAUAUAUGUGUCAUCCGUAAACAUGAAUAGAAAG